GGAAGUGGUUCUUGAGAGGGAAGGAACAACACACGUGUAUUCCUCAAUCUGAAGGUUAAAUAAACCGGUGGUCGGGUGUGUUUGUUGGCCGCUGAGAGUGGUCGUUUGGACGGUUCGAUUUUGGAGAGAGUACGGUCUGGAGCGGACACAACGCAGACAUGGACCCAGAGAAAGCACAGCAACUGGCGGCGGAACUAGAAGUGGAAAUGAUGGCUGAUAUGUACAAUCGGAUGACCAACGCGUGCCACAGGAAGUGCGUUCCCCCCCACUACAAAGAGGCAGAGCUGUCUAAAGGGGAGGCGGUCUGUCUGGACCGCUGUGUGGCUAAGUACCUGGAUCUACACGAGAGGCUGGGCCGCAAGCUCACCGAGCUCUCCGUUCAGGACGAGGAGAUGAUGAGGAAGAAUGCUAUUGGACAAUAAUAUAUAUUUUUAGGGAGGGAUGGAGUGCAGUAUUCUUCAAGCCAUUCCUUAGGGGGACCCUGGGAGAUGCUCAUUUCUGCUCUAGCCAUGGACUAAUACACCUGUCUCAACGGAUGAAGGACACCCGUUGGGCUCAUAUCAGUGUCUGAGUAGGAGUGCUGAUCUAGGCUUUAUGAGUACGGGCCCUGGUCCCGUAGGAAUAGAUGGAGACACUGCUGUAGUCAAUACGAGGACCAUGCCUAUCGGAGUGUCAUUUCUUUACAUUUUGAUCAGUCUCAGUUUGUUCAUUGGCUUUGAAUUUUCUUCAUGUUGAAACUGUGCUAAUGUUGUACAAAGUUUUCUUUUGUGACAUUUUAAAAACCUUUUUUUUGUUUAAAAUCUGAAUAAAUAUUGUUAUAGUAUA